AUGGAGGGAAUGAGCAUGCCCAUGACAACUGCUACGCAGGUGGCUACCGCUUUGGCUACCGCUCUGGAAGCGGCUGCUAGUGGCACUUCUAUCAUUCCCGCAGCCGUGCAGACCGAAGCUGCGCCGCACAACGAGGAAAGUUCGAGCCCUUUGGCAUUGCCGGCAAUGCCGGCAAUGCAGGGAAUGCAAUCAUCCAUUCACUUUGGUAUUGGGGACACCUUCUUCGCGCCCUUUUUCACGCCAACACAGGUUUCCGGAUAUGUUGCAGUCAUGUUGUUCCUGGUGAUGCUGAGUUUCUCCCAACGGCUUCUGAUGGCCGUUGAGGCCAAGGCCGCCAAAAAGUUGCACCAGCAACCUCAGACGACUGCGGAUGUCGAAGAGAACCCAGCAAAGACCGGGAUUUGGUCUGAAACGGUCAACCCGGAGUCGAGUGGGGGUCCGGGGUCAUCGUUCAUUUCACGGGCACUUAUUAAAAGUGUGCUGCAGGUGUUGAACGCUUCCCUCGGCUUUCUCGUCAUGCUUGGAGUGAUGACCCUCAACGCCGGGUACAUGAUGGCGCUGCUCCUGGGAAUGUUCUUGGGAGAGCUUUUGUCCAUUUGGGCUUACCGAAAAGUCAACGCUUAG